AUGACCCCAGUGACGCUGCCUUACUCUGCUACUGCUAACCUACCCAUAGGCAUACAAUCGACCUUUACUUGUAUGAAGCAAGCCUUACAACUUAGGCGCCAAGCCUGCGUGUUGGGCUAUGCAUACUACCUAGGAAUGCUCUGCACAGCUGCGACUCCAGAACAAUUACGAGUCAUACG